CAAGCAAACCUAACAGUAUUAUUUUAUUUGUUGAAUAUCGAACUUACAACGUUUAAUAUAUUACGAAAAGUUUUAUUUGAUUUGAAAUUUUAAGUGGAAAUAAAAUCUAUCCGAGGAUGUUUGCAAAAGAGAAACAUGUAUGCGAAUAUUUAUUAGUAAUCUAUGGAAAUUAGUAUUCAUAUAAAUCUAGAACACAGCAGAUGCAUAUAUGAAGAGAUGCCAAAUUAUUACAUAACUUGAAUAUUUUAUCAAAUAUGGCAUCGUUAAAGCAUAUAUUGACAAUUUAAGUUCAUAGGGAGAGAAGAGUAGACGUUUUUAUAUAUUUUCGACUUUUGUAGGCAAAAAACUACAAAUAUUUUUAUUUUUAUCAAAGAUUGCGAUAGUUUUUUUUCUGCUACACGCGCAUUAUAUGAAAACACGUAAGAUUUAAACUAGCUUUUGAAAAGAAGCUUUCGCGGUUUAACAGCAACUUAGCACUAAGCAUUAGGAAAUUAUGGCAGGCAUGAACAACUACUCAACGCUAAUGUACACUACCAACCAAAAUCCUUCAGACACAGAUGAUAAAGAGAUGCAAAGGUCCGGUUCUCAACACACCCGCGCUGCAGUCAGUGGCACAGGUUUGCCACCAGCCACUCUCAAUUUACAAAGAUCACCUCAAAUGCAAUAUCAAUUAAGUGACGAUCAAUAUCAAGCUUACUUAGAGAGUUUGACUUCAGGACACGAAAGGGCUGGUCCUGGUCUAAAGAAUGUCACCUCAGACAGAGAUUUAUCUUUGCCGCUAGAAAAACACCGAGGAUUUGAAAAAUAUUACGAUAGUCAAGAAGACGAAAUUUCUAUACGUAAAUAUCUGGGAAUUGGUGUGCAAUGGGUUAGUUUAGUAACUGAAAAUUUACUCAAUCAUCCUUUUAUUGUACUAAGAAGGCAAUGUCAAGUUUAUAAUGCUUCACAAAGGUACCACUUACAUCCAUUGGGAUUAAUACCAGCUAUAGUGCAUCUUCAUCGUCGUCAAGGUGUUACCACACUGUGGAAGGGUUUAGGUAGUUGUUUAUUGGUGCGAGGUCUUUCAAUGGCUAUGGACGAUGUGUUAUCAAAAAUAACGAUGUGGCCGAAAGACGUAGACAGUCGGACUUCUUUAAAACGUUUCGGACAGCACGUCAUAUUAAAAGGCCUAAGCAUCGCUUUAGUUAUGCCAUUCUACGCCGCUUCUCUAGUCGAAACAGUACAAAGUGACAUAGCAAGCGAAAAACCUGGACUAUUUGAUGUAUUUCGUGAGGGUAGUCUGCGUUUGUUAUAUUGGAAAUCACCACAAAAAGGGCGCAUGCUGCCCAUUUGGGCCUUGAUUGGCCCGACAGUGGGUGUCGGUCUUACAAAAUAUCUUUUCGGUUUGGUAAUUAAAGGUAUUUCUUCACGCAUAAUGCGUAGACGUAUACAGCAAUCACAGGAACGUAAAGGUGCUAAAUUUAAAGAUGACUCGCUAGAAAAUCAGAAUGUUGAAGUCUAUUCAAAUUUAAUAUCUAUGUUAACCACUGAGGUGAUUUUCUAUCCCCUUGAGACUAUAUUGCAUCGGAUUCAGUUGCAGGGAACACGUACAAUUAUCGAUAAUCUGGAUAAUGGCUACGCCGUGGUACCUAUAUUAACCAAUUAUCAAGGCGCUAUAGAUUGUUACCGUACAACGGUGGCUGCAGAGGGUUUUUCGGGUCUUUAUAAGGGUUUCGGCGCUAUAAUCUUGCAAUUUGCUGCUCACAUAGCUGUCAUCAAAUUAACAAAAUGGAUUGUCAAUCAAAUAACGGAAAUCAUAUCCAAUCGUCCUCCAGCUAAGGUUAUUCAAUACUAUAACUUAGAAUAUGGUAGCUUAGAUCGCGGCAUGAUCUCGAAUUCGACUACCAUAUCGCCCAGUAUUAGCUCGGGCAGCGAUGUGGAUGGGAAUAGUUUAGAUUAAACUGUUUUGGGCGUAAUAAUUGAGAAUUUCCCUCUUCUUAAUAUUGACGGCUUCGGAAUAAUUUUAGCAUAUAUUUACUUUGGAAAUUAUUGCCAAUUUUAGUGGUUAGCCGUUAUGUUGUAUCUUUUUUUAUAUAUUAAAGAAGUUUUGUUUCCCCUUAGAAAUCUUGAGUUAUACACUGUGAUAUUCAUUUUGAUUUUAAACAUUAUUGAACAUUUCAGAAACCAAACGUCUUAUUUUCUAGGCAAAACUAUUAAAAAAUUAUGUUAAAAAUGUAUUAU